UUGUUAAGAAACACAGACUCGCAUAGCCGUCAUUCAAACGAGUUAUAGCUCUGACUGUACAUACCAUUCCCUGUUUGUUGUGUUGUUGUUAUUAUUGCCUACCUGUGUGUGUGUGUGCCUCUAUCACUAUCACAUCAUUAGCCAAUAUAUACAGAGACACAUAUAUUGAGGUGUUAUACACGAAGAUUUUAUUCAAAAAGUUUUUUUCUUAUUUCUACUAAAGUUUACCACAAUUUUAUAAAAUAUCUAUUUAUUAUAUUGUCAUAUAAAUUGGUGUGUGAUAUGUGUGUUGUUAUGCCAUAAAGUUGUGGAUAAUGCCACUAAUCAGUCACGAGUUAUGCCAUAAAACGGUGCAAAAGUAAUCAUCAAUUAUAUAUAUAUUUAGAUAUCAAUAGAAAAAUCGGUUAUUUUUUUAGUCGAUAUGACGGACUUUUCCGGAUCUGUUUCGCCGAAAAUAAACUCAAAGAAGGUUUUCAAGUCAUUUCUGCAAUUAUUUAUAUUAUUCAACAUUGGAUUACAACAACAUCUAUAUGUAGAGUCAAAGCGUAUCUUAAACACACAUUUGUUAAACCAAAAAUUAACAUCAAAUGCAAAGCCAAACAAGAAAUUGGUCUGUUAUUACACCAAUUGGUCACAAUAUCGACCAAAAGAAGGCAAAUAUUUACCAGAAAAUAUUGAUCCAAAUAUCUGUACACAUAUUAUAUUCAGCUUCGGGUGGAUGAAAGCAAACAAACUGACCUCAUUUGAUGCAACAGAUGAGACUAAUAAUGGCAAAAAAGGCACUUACGAGAGGGUCGUUGAUCUCAAAAAACAAAACCCAAAUCUUAAAGUAUUGCUGGCCGUCGGGGGCUGGUCGUUUGGCACCGAGAGGUUUAAAGUGAUGUCAUCAAACAGAUAUAAUAGACAAGUAUUUAUAUUCAGUGCAAUGGACUAUUUGAGACAAAGAAAUUUUGAUGGUCUCGAUCUCGAUUGGGAAUUCCCGAAGGGUUCAGACGACAAAAAGAAUUUUGUCGACUUAUUAAAGGAAUUGCGGGAAGCAUUUGAAGCCGAGGCCAAAGAAAAACGAUUGCCGCGACUAAUAUUGACAGCCGCCGUAUCGGCCGGUUCUGACACUGUACGCGGCGGCUAUGAUGUGCCAGCAGUUGCAGCUUAUAUAGAUUUCCUAAACAUCAUGUCCUAUGACUUUCACGGCAAAUGGGAACCGAAGACUGGACACAAUGCACCUCUAUUUGCACUGUCAGAUGAAACUGAUUGGCGCAAACAACUGUGUGUUGAAUUUGGUGUAAAAUUAUGGGAACGCAUGGGAGCGCCUAAAGAUAAAAUAGUGGUUGGAUUGGCUACUUAUGGUCGAAGUUUUACGUUAACAAAUCCGGCCAAUAAUGGUAUGAACGCUCCGUCAUCGGGUGGCGGCAAAGCUGGUGAAUACAGCAAAGAGUCGGGAUUUCUGGCCUUCUAUGAGAUCUGCGAUCUGUUGAAGAAUGGCGCCACUUAUAUAUGGGAUGAACAACAGAAAGUGCCGUAUUUGGUAGAUGGAGACCAAUGGGUCGGAUUUGACGACGAAAGGUCUAUCAGAAGUAAACUGAAAUGGAUUCUCGACAACGAUUACGCCGGCGCUAUGGUCUGGACAGUAGAUAUGGACGACUUUCACGGCAAAUGCUCCGGUAGAAAGUAUCCUCUGAUUGGUAUUAUGGGCGAAGAACUUCUUGGAAAACCCAAAGAAUCAUCAAAUUUUGAUUCAAUUGUUAAAAAAGCGUCGUCUAAUCCGUUGAUCAAAGAGCAGCCAUCGGUUCCAAACGCUGAUCAAAAUUCCAUUCACGAGAAAAAUGAUUUGACAUCCACUACAACGGAUACUUUGGCUACAAAUUCUUUGCCCAAACUAUCCGAUGACGAGUUGACUAAUGCACGCGUUGUGUGCUAUUACACAAACUGGUCCAAUAAGAGGCCCGGUAUUGGAAAGUUCGAACCCGAGCACUUGGAUCCCAAUCUGUGUACACAUAUUAUCUUUGCUUUCGCUAAUCUGAACAGCGAGUUCAAGAUCAGUGCCAGCGAGGAAACUGAUGAAACAGUUGGAUCACAACAGGGUCUUUACGAACGUGUGAUUGCCAUCAAAGAGAAAAAUCCUAAUUUGAAAGUAAUGCUAGCAGUGGGCGGUUGGAUGAUGGGUCCGACACCAUUCAAACAGCUUACGGAAAACACAUACAGACAAACAUUGUUCAUAUUUAACGUCAUUGAGUUUCUCCGUAAGAAAGGCUUCGACGGACUUGACAUCUGUUGGGAGUUCCCGCGCGGACCGGAAGAUAAGGAACGAUAUGUCAAUCUACUUAAGGAAUUGCGAGAGGCUUUCGAUGGUGAGGCCAAAGGAUCAGGAAAACAGCGACUUUUGCUGACAGCAGCCGUUCCCGCAAGUUUUGAGGCCAUCAAUAGUGGUUUCAAUGUACCAGAAAUUAAUAAAUACUUAGAUUUUAUGAGUAUAAUGAGCUAUGAUUUUCACGGAGAUUGGGAACAAACUGUUAACCAUAAUUCACCGCUAUUUGCAUUAAAUACGGCUUCUGGUUAUCAAAAGAAGUUGACUGUGGAUUUCAGUGUUGGUGAAUGGGUUAGUAAGGGUGCCUCCAAAGAGAAACUAGUGGUUGGUUUACCAACAUAUGGCCGUACUUUUACACUGAGUAGUCCUAAUCUUACUGACAUCAAUGCACCGGCACUUAAAGGUGGUCUUCCCGGACAAUAUACACGAGAAUCUGGAUUUUUAGCAUUUUUUGAAAUCUGUGAUCUCUUGAAAAUGGGAGCAACACUUGUCUGGGAUAACGAACAGAUGGUUCCCUAUGCAUACUCUGGUGACCAAUGGGUUGGAUUUGAUGAUCCAAGAAGUUUUAAAGUUAAAAUUCAAUGGCUUAAACAAGCUGGAUAUGGAGGCAUUAUGAUCUGGUCAAUAGACAUGGAUGACUUUUCGGGCUCAUGUAUGGGACAAAAGUAUCCAUUGAUUAAUGCGGCCAAAGAAGAGCUUAAGGGUUAUAAAGUGGCAAAUUUGGAGGCAAUUAACACUAAGGUUGCGCUCACUAAAGAGAAAAAAAAUAAAGAUGAAGUAAAGUGUGAGGAAGCGGACGGACACAUCUCAUACCAUAAAGAUAAGACUGACUGUGCGAUGUACUACAUGUGCGAAGGCACCCGUCGUCAUCAUAUGCCGUGUCCACAGAACCUGGUCUUCAAUCUCAAAGAAAAUGUAUGCGAUUGGCCUGAAAAUGUCGAGGGAUGUGAAUCACACAUCACUAAUAAAGAUAAUUAAAAAUUAAACUUAAAUUAUUAUUAUUAUU